AUGCUUCCACGACUAGCCCCUCAAGUUCGUCCUCCGAUUAAUCCUGCUGCAGAUCAAUUGAGUGUUUACUAUGUGCAUCCUAGAGAGAAUCCAUGUCAAGCUUUAGUUUCUCUUCUUCUUUUGAGCAAAAAUUAUCAUGCUUGGGCGCAUUUGAUAACACGUGCUCUCAUCUCUAAGAAUAAGUUCAAGUUUGUUAAUGAAAAUCUUCCUAAGCCUAGUGAUGAUUUUGAUCCAUCUCGAGUGGACGAUAAUCUUUGUAACUUCAGCGAUUUGGUGCACUUGUCAAAAAGUUUUAUCAAAUUACAACAAGAAAUUUUGAAUUUCAAACAAGGUACUUAUACUGUUACUGAUUACUUCACUCAGUUGAGUACUCUUUGGGAAGAGGUUAAUAGCUUUCAUCCUUUUCCUAAUUUUUCUUGUUCGGUACGUUGUGUUUGUGUAACAAGUACUUGUGAAAAACUUUAUCGUAGUGAAGAUUAUGUCAUGAAAUUUCUUGCUGGUUUAAAUGAUGAACUCGAUGUUGUCAAAACUCAAAUACUUAUGAUAGAUCCAUUUCCUACUUUGGAUCGUGUUUUUUCUCUAGUUUUACAACAAGAAAGGCGAAUUUCUCCGAAUAUUAUGGAUGAUUCUCACGCUUUUGUGAAUGCUUCAGAUUCUAGGAACAAAAAUUAUGGUAAUUCCAAAGAGAAAAAUUAUCGUUAUUGUGAUCAUUGCAAGCGUCCUAGUCAUACCAAGGAUUUUUGUUACAAAUUACAUGGUCCAUCUUCUGAUCUUCUGAGAAAAUAUUUUCGUUCUUUGAACAAUAUUGUUGGAGAAUCUUCUGCUGUUAAUGAUGAUGAUCAGACUUCUGUUAAGGCAGGUUCAGAAGCUUCAUUCUCUUUGUCAGCUGAAGAAUACAAAGUUGUUAUUUCUUUGUUACAACAAGCAAAUUUGACUGGUAAUGUUCCUCAAUCACAAGUUGCUGCUCUAACCACUAGAGAUAUUGAUCCCAUUCACAAUUCAGGUAAUACAUUUGUUUGUACUUUCCAGAGCAACAAUGCUAGCACUUGGAUCAUAGAUUCUGGGGCAAUAGAUCAUAUCUAUUUUGACAAAUCUUUAUUUUUUAUUUUUCGUUCUUUAUCUUUUCCUAUUUCUGUCAAACUUCCUAAUGGUAGUUAUGCUAUUGCUACUCAUUCAGGAAAUGUUCCUAUUACUUCAUAUCUCACACUUUUAGAUGUUUUAUUCUUACUUGAAUUUUCUGUCAACCUUAUUUCUGCUCCUAAAUUAGCCAAACAUCAAUAUUGUGCCAUUAUCUUACUUUCAGAUAUUUGUAUUAUGCAGGAUCUGAAAAGGUUGAAGAAGAUUGGUUCUGUUGAUCUUGUGUGUGGAUUAUAUACUAUUCACAGUAGUCCAUCAAUCAUACAUUCUCAACCUUCUAUCAAUAAUACUGUUUCUGAUUGUUCUAGUCUGAAAUUUAUUGUGUCUGAACUUCCACAUGAAAUUUCACCUCCCGCUCCUACUGAUUCUACAUCUCCUCCUGUAGUUUCAGAGGCUAUGGCACUUAAAUUGGCAGCUUUGGAAGGGAAUGGAACUUGGUCUCUUGUUACUCUUCCUACUGAUGUCAAACCCAUUGGCUGCAAAUGGGUUUACAAGAUCAAGAGAAAAUUAGAAGGCAUUAUAGAAAGGUACAAGGACUUAGGAAUUUUGAAGUAUUUUCUUGGUUUGGAAGUUGCCCACACUAUUUCUGCUAUUUUAGUGUCCCAAAAAAAGUACUAUCUUGAUUUACUUAAAGAUACUGCUUUAACUAAUUGCAAACCUGCUACUACUCCUCUGGAUCCAGCUCUUAAACUCUAUCAAGAUAAGGUAGAGUUAUUUCUUGAUGUUUCUUCCUAUCGAAGACUAGUUGGUCACCUUUUGUACCUCAAUUUCGCACGCCUUGAUAUUACUUUUGCCACUCAGCAAGUCAGCCAGUUUAUGGCAACCCCUACUAUGACACACUAUCGAGCUGCCCUUCGUAUUGCUCGUUAUCUUAAACAGGCACCAAAUUGGGGUCGUUGUCUUGAUACUCGACGAUCUAUUAAUAACUAUUAUUUCUUUCUUGGUAAUUCCCUUGUAAGUUGGCAUUCCAAGAAGCAAACAAUAGUUGCUCGUUCUUCUACAGAAGCUGAAUAUCGUGCUCUUAGCUUUACUGUUUGUGAGCUUCAAUGGCUUGACUAUCUUUUUCGGGAUCUUCAUAUUCAAUAUCACAAGCCUCUUGUUUUGUUUUAUGAUAACCAGAGUGCCAUCUACAUCACUCAAAAUCCUGUUUUCCAUGAGCGCACCAAGCAUCUUGAGAUUGAUUGCCAUUUGGUUCGUGAGAAGCUACUUGCUCGUCUGUUCCGUUUACUUCUUGUUUCUACUCAUAAUCAAAUUGCAGAAUUUUUCCCAAGCCUCUCUUUGCAACUAUGUUUCAUUCCUUUUUAUCUAAGCUAG